AGAUAAAGAGUUAGUAAUUCAUUAGUACAGUGCUUGAUUUGAUUAUAUCAUUAUUAUAUGAUCUUGGGAUCUUACUCUAUACCGUGUUCUUAUCCGAUUCGGUUGUUCCGAAUCGGAAUGAUAAUAUAUUAUGUUAUAAUUUGCUUUCACCUAAUUGUAUUUUUGGGAUGAGAUUGAAAUUAUUUUCAUUAGUCAUUUAUUGUAUUUCAUUAAGAGGUCUUCUAGAUGAAACAUUAUAAUAAAUUGACACUGACUAAAGAAUUAAAAAUUAUUCAUUCACCCAUAGUUUUUUCAUGACUAUUUCAAUUGGUGUGGCUGAUCUUCUAGAUGAACCUAGUGGUUUUCCCUUUGAGGGUUAGGUCUCGAUCAUCGGUUUGAUAUGGUUCCGAGCAAUGAUCUUGGAGAAUAAAUUUUUUAGUCCCUACGACUAAAGGUUGAAACCGAAAGAUCUCCGCAACGAACGAAAGACUCGUCUAAAAUGGAGACAAUAGCCGUAGAGCACUACAUAGAAGACGCUGCGCCUGAACAUAACUAUAGUAGUGAUAAUGGUUCGCCGCUACAAAACUGGAAAUCAAUCCAGGAGAUGGCUGUAGAUUCUGAUGAAGUACCAUCAAGUGGAUUCGAUUGCAAUAUAUGCCUGGACUCUGUCCUUGAUCCUGUGGUCACGCUUUGUGGUCACCUUUACUGCUGGCCGUGCAUAUACAAAUGGCUUCAUUUCCAGAGCAUUUCUACCGAAAAGGAAGAUAUGCAGCCACAGCAGCAAUGUCCCGUAUGCAAAGCGGAAGUUUCAGAGGGCACCUUAGUUCCACUCUUCGGCCGAGGUCAAACUGCAAAACCCUCAAAAAGCAAGGCUCCCAAUCUAGGUAUAAUUAUUCCAAGAAGACCUCGUGCUCUUGCCUGUGGAUUCGACUCACCACGAUCACCUUUAGCAACCACCAGUCCGCGCCAAACGCCACAAACAAAUACCCGUAGUAAUUAUUCUCAUCAAUCUCAAUUAUACCACUCCGAUCCAGGUAGUUACACUUCUUCGCCAAUGUUCACUCCGCGAGUUUCAGCAGGAAACAUGUUUGAUCCGAUGAUUGGAAUGUUCGGAGAAAUGAUUUACGCAAGGGUGUUUGGUGACUCGAUAACCAACAUCUAUAGCUACCCGAAUUCGUAUAAUCUGGUGGGAAGCACUAGCCCUAGACUUAGAAGGCACGUCUUGGAGGCCGAUAAGUCCCUUAGUAGAAUCUGUUUUUUUCUUUUCUGCUGCGUAUUUUUAUGUUUUCUUUCGUUUUAAUAAGAAUCUCGUAUGUAUAUAAACGAAGUCGAGAGGGAGAGGUAUAUAGGAAGUGAAUCAGCCGGAGAUGUUGUAGCUGUUUACAGAUCCUGUGCUGGCGGUGUAUGUAAUUACCGAGUCUUGUUUAUGAGUUAUUGGCUAUUGUUUACUAUUCUGAUAUAAAUUUUUGGUUGGCUAUUGCA